AUGUUAAGAUAUCAUGGUUUCGACGCCAUGCAAAUAGUUGGUGAUGCUAUUCAACCAUUUCUUCCUUUAUUCGGUACUGUUACAAAUGUGGUAGAUGGUUUAUAUACCACAUAUGAUAACGCAAAAUGCAAUAAAAAAAUAUGUUUGGCUUUAAUUGACCGCGUUGAGAUAGUUCAACAUGCUGUCAAGUCUUUAGCACGUAAACAACAAGAAAAUGAAGAAAAUUUUCGUAAACAAACAUAUUAUCGUUCAUGGAUUAGAUUUGUCAAUGUGUUGAAAACUAUCAAAAAAUUUGCUGACGAAAUAUCACAACAAUCAGUGUUUCAAAAAUUUUUGAAUGCUAAUGCUGUUAAAGAUGCAUUUGAUAAAAAUAUCAAUGAAUUUGAGGCAGUAUGUAAGGAUUUACAUUUCACAGUGGCAAUGUAUUCCGAGGAACAAAAAGAACAAGAAAGUAAGCAAGUUUCAGAAGAUAUUAAUAUAUUAGGAAGAGUAAUGAAUGAUAUUAAAGAAGAUAUGAAAAAUGUUUUGAAAGAGAUUAAUCUUUUAUCAUCUAAUGUGGAACAAUUAAAAGUCCAAUCAGCAAAACGUGGUGCUACUUCUAAUGUAGAAAAUCCAUUAAAUGAUCAAUACAAGGUGCCUUCCAUUGAAGAUUAUGAACUUACUGAUCCGGACGGUGGACCUGAUAAUGUAAGAGGAACAAAAAAAACUGUUAUAAAAAAAAUUUAUCGUGGCUUAGAAGUGGCAUGUAAAAAAGUUCAGAAUAUUGAGAAAAACCAAACAGCCGAAUCUCAAAAAAUUCAAACAGAAUUGGCCAUCCUCAAUCUACUAGGGAGAUGUCCCAAAAUCAUUCUUUUUCAUGGUCUUUCAGAAGUGGAUCAAAAUAGUGUCAUGGUUCUUGAAUGGGCUUCAAAUGGAAAUCUAAAAGAAUUGUAUACCAAAUAUGACAUUGCUUGGCCUACGAAAUUACAAUUUAUUCGAGAUAUAUUUAAUGGUCUUUAUUUUAUGCACAGAAGUGGAAUUCUUCAUCAUGAUAUUCGAUGUGAGAAUAUUUUGAUAACUGAAAAUUAUGAUGCAAAAAUAUCAAAUUUUGAAAUGUCUCGUCUAUUUCAAGAUGAAACGACAUCAUGUUCAAAUAUGAAUGAUUAUGUUCGUUGGUUGGCGCCUGAAAAAAUUCGUGGUUCGCGAUACAGCCAUAAAUGCGAAAUGUUUAGUUUAGGAAUGCUAGUAUGGGAACUUAGUAAUCAAAGGAUUCCAUACGAAAAAAUGAAUUUAAAAGAAAUACAAGAUCAUGUUUUAGAUAAGAAAAGAGAAUCUUUGGGAGUCCUUUUACAUCCAAAUCCAAUUCCGCUAGAAUUUACCAAAUUUAUUAAACAAGAUAUUCAAGUUAGUUAUUUGAUCAAAACUUUAUGCGAAAAUCAUUUGAUUUUAGGGAAUUCACCACGACUUACCCCAAAACAAGGCCCCAAUAAUGAUAUUGGAUAUUUUAACCUAAAUCGACCAAGUCAUCUAAGAUCCGGUAGUAAUUAUAGUGUUCCUAGUCCUGCUGAUUUUGAUCCCGAGAAUUUGCCUGAUACCUUCGAUUGUGCACUUGACAAUAUACCCAAUGCAAUAGUUAAUAUCAUAAAACCAUUUGAAGAUGGAAUCAAAGCACAUAAAAAGAAGGAUUACAAGGAAGCUUGGGAAUGUUUUAAUGAACAUGCUGAUUUAGGACUUAGUUUAGCAAAAUAUUGGAAAGGGUAUUAUCUUUACACCGGAUAUUAUGUAAAAAAAGAUCAAAAAGAAGCUUUAAAAUGGUUCAAGAUGGCAGCAGAUGAAGGUGUUCCUGAUGCACAACUUCGUUAUGCAUUUGGAUUACUCGAGACUGGUAAUGGUAAUUCUGAAAAUAACGAGAUUAUAUUACAAUAUAUGACACAAGCAGCUGAUGGAGGAAAUGAAACUGCAAUGUAUAAUCUUGGAGAUAUUUAUUACAAUGGAAAAUUAGGGGUGGAAAAAGACGUUGGAAAAGGAAUCGACCUAAUUAAAUUGGCAGCUUUGAAGAAACAACCUAGAGCUAUUGAAUUUUUGAAUUCUAAUAAAGCAACAUAUAAAUAG